AUGCAGCAGCUUGACAGUUCAGAGGAUCUGAUGUCCGCAUACUAUCAAAUGUUCCGUGAAGAGCCGCAACAACCAGACUGCGCCAACAUCAUGGAUUCAUCUCCAUCACCUCGGGGAGGGAACGCGGCACUGGACGAUGACCUUGACUGUCAUUUCGAUAUCACAGACGGCCAGUCUUACGAAGGGAGUCCCCAGCCCAGCUCCCUUCCACAACGAGCCGAUGAAUCCGAGUGGGAUAUGGAACCUCAAAGUCAGCCACCCCCGAGCCGGCGCAACAUCCGUCGUUCGAUUCUCUCAAAGAGAUCAAUGAGGCUCUGA